GGGAACCGAGGAAGGAUUUUCUCACCGUGAACCGAAGCUGAAGCAAACUUUCCCUCCGGCUCUCUUUACCAAGGUUCCAGACCGGGUCAAACCCGUUCCAAACCGGACCAAGCUUCUCUCAGACCCGCUCCAGACCGCCCUCCCUCUUCUGUCUUAAGCAGUUAGUCCAGACGAGGAGGUUUUGCGGAGUAAAAACCGGACCGCGUUUCUGUACCAGACACAAUAAUCACUACUGUGGGCGGGGUCGCCCAGCGGCAGGCAGACAAACAAGGAAGUGACGCCAUCACGUUGCGGUCUUGAAGCGAACGUCGGGCGUUACGUUACCAUGCGUUACAGCGAAAGGCAGGCGGAUACAUCCUGAGGCGGAACCAUAUACUGUCUAUGGGCGGAACCCUGAGCAGACAGUUGACUGUUUCUGUAGGAACAUUUGAAGUUAGUUUGACAGCCAGCUCAGUUGUUGUCUGUUGUCAUAGACAAGGUUGUUGUACUACUUACUGUGUUGUGGUCUAUGGUUGCGACAGGUGAAAAGGCCAGUAGAUAUACACUUAGCCGUUAUAAGACCCUUUUUAAGCUACAGGGUUCAGCUGAGAGGCGGACAUGGUCUCCACGAUCCAGAACACCGACGUGAAGCAGAAAGAUGCUGAUCGUGCAGUCGUUGUCGCGGUAACGUCUCGUGCAGUGUUUGAAUCUGGAGCUGAUGGUGAUGAUGUGUACGGAAUGGGCGUGGCUUUCCCGCUGCUGCAGGCGCUGCAGAGAGUGAACAAACGUCUGCUAGAGGAAAAUCCUGCUGAGUCGCUGCUGUUUGAUGUCGUCCUGAUCACCACCGACAGCCAGCAACAGCAGCAGAGCUGCCGCAUCAUCAGCAGCACCAGACAUUACGGUCUUGAAGUCAGCAGGUUCUGUUUUUCCAGCGAGGAGGAUUUCGUCGAAAGUUUACAGAAAAAUAACGUGCAACUCUUCCUGUCGACGGACAGUAAUGAGGCGCCACAGGCGUCACAGAAAGGUGUUCUCUCGGCCCUGCUGGACCGGCAGGAAGCUCCAUCAGAGCAGCUCAGAGUAAUGUUCUGCGGGGACGCCGUCAACCGGCCCGACGCUGGCCCAAUGCCGGCGAGCCGACAGGCCGCUCAGAAUUUCUCUGCUCAGCUCGGCGAGAUGCGGCAGAGGUUCGGCAUGUCGGACAGCCCUCUCCGCAUCGUCCUCGUGACGUCACACGGCGGCAGGGAAAGCUGCGGCGCCCUGCGGACGCUUCGAUCACAUGGCGUCAACGUGGACGAGGCGUACUGCCUGGCCGGGGCCCCGCGGAGCCCCAUCCUGUCCGUGGUCCGACCUCACUUCCUGCUCAGCGACGGCUUCAGCGGCCUGGAGGACUGAUGACAUCAUGAGGGGAAUGGACUGUCACAUGACCUCACAAAAAAACGUUGAACAAUCUGCCAAAAUCCUCAGACCGAACGCAAAGUUGAACACCUGUUUGAACAAAUUGUUUCAGCUCGUUGAGCCUUAAAAACCCAAUCAGUGUUCCUGAUGUAAAGCUAAGCCCCGCCCACCACCAAAAUACAAACUACAGGAUUGGACAUUGUCUGACUUUAUAUCUUUUGUAGACUAACACAUUUAGUUUUAGUUUUUUUUAGCUCUCUAAUUGGAUGAUAAAAAUAAACCUGAACGAAUCGACGUGUGCGUAACUGUGACACAGUCUAACUCCAAUGUUUUUAAAAUGUGAGUUUCUAGAUUCUACACUAAAAUGAACUCAUUGUGUUUGACCUUUGACCCUUAUUGCUAGGACUGCUGAGCAGUCUCAAUGGUGUUUUAAGCCCCCAACAUCUCCUUCCAGGCAGCGCUAACCAUAACCAUAACCACUGCCUAAUCCUAGUGCCUAGUGGAGACGUUGGGGGCUUAAAGGUGCACUAUGCGUUUCUGCAUGACAUCACUUCUGUUGAGGUUCCAAGUAAAUUUCAAACAAAACGGAGGAAGCCCUCCCCUCCCUCCAUGUUUCCGUAACGGUCAUGACUAACUGACUAACU